AUAUUGUUUAUUUGCAUAUUCAAUUUGACCCUACUUUUAUUUAACCUUAUUUGUUCAUCCUAAUCUGACCAUAAUCAUUCACCUACAAACUAAAGCAGUGUUUUAAAAACCACGACUCUUUUCAGCUGUGAAUUUUAAACACGUGGUCUCGGCGUUUAUUUUGAAAGUUAUCCCCGGACGUCUCGUUUCCCCCUCCGCUGCUUUGACUGUCGUGGCUGUCUGAUGAUUUGCUUACUUGGAGCAGGACUGAGUUUGGAGCGGGUACUGUGAAAUGUGUAAGCAUGAUGUUGCCUGGAUAAUCAGCGGAGGACGUUAGGAGAGACAGAGUCAGAGACCGGCUACCAGCUGAAGGCGGGAGAAGCAGGCGGGACGGCCACACCUCAUGCGCGGCCUCAGAAAAGGUCCGAGUGGAUACGGGUUCGACAAACAUGGGUGUGCUCCAGCUCCACAACCCCACUCACUCCAGCACGCUCCUGCAGCGGGCCAACCAGAUGCGCCUGACCGGCACCCUGUGCGAUGUCAUCAUCACGGUGGACGGCCAGGAGUUUCCGGCGCACCGCACCGUCCUGGCCUGCACCAGCAAGAUGUUUGAGAUCCUGUUCCACCGCAGCAGCCUGCGCUACGCCCUGGACUUCCUGUCCCCGAAGACCUUCCAGCAGAUCUUAGAGUACGCCUACACCGCCUCGCUGCAGGCCACGGCCGAGGACCUGGACGACCUGCUGUACGCCGCCGAGAUCCUGGAGAUCGAGUACCUGGAGGAGCAGUGCCUGAAGGUGCUGGAGACCAUCCAGGCGGAGGAGAGCGAGGAGGUGGCGGUGAGGAACCACGGCUCCGGAGACCACAGCGACCACAGCAGGGCCCGGCACUGGAGGCACAUGUUGAUGUCCAAGAAGCAUUCCAUACAGGACGGACCCAACCGCACCACCCCCACCGCGCUGCACCACCUGGCGCUGUACCACAUGACGGACAGGAGCCCCCCAGGUCCAGAGUCGGAGGCAGCCCCCGAAUCGAGCCCCAAGCUGGACGCGGAGGUGGACAUGGAGGGUCUCCCGCGCGCCCAGCGCCGCGGUUCAGAGUUGGCCCAGGACUCGUCCCUGGACCUCUCCACGAGCAUAAAAUCAGAGCGCAUGCAGGUGGACGACGCCAACGGCUCCGAGGGCAGAUCCUCCAGCGCCGGGGAGGGAAGCUGCACGUCAGACCAGCACAGAGACGAGGGCCCGGGGACGCCCCUGAGAGGCAGCGUCAUCACCAGCGCUCGAGAGCUGCACUCGGGCCCUGAAGACGGAGGACAAGUGGGGGGGAACGCUCUUGACUGUUUUCCCGGGAUCUCAGAGAAACACCUGGCCUCCAUAUACUCCGUGCCCUCCAACCACACGGGGGACGGGGUGCCGGUGUCCGUCGCCAUGGCCCCGUCCCUGGGCGUGCCGCUGGACCCGAGGGCCUACAGCGGCCUGUUGCACCAAGGCUUGCUGCACAGGGAGCUCCUGAACAGGCUGGGCCAGUUUGCGGCAGGGAUGAGGCACGAGGGCCAGACUCCGGGCCAGCAGUGCUGUGGCGAAUGCGGGAUCCAGCUGCACAGCAGACAGGCUGUGGAGCAGCACAGGAGGCUGCAUAACGAGGAGAAGGGCAACGGCUGCGAGUACUGUGGCAAACACUUCCAGGACAGCAUGCGGUUAAGGAUGCACAUGCUGUCUCACACAGCUCCCGCGGAGGCGCUGGUGUGCGAUCAGUGUGGAGCAACUUUUUCCUCUGAGGAUGCUCUGGAGGCCCACAGGCAAACACACACAGGGACUGACAUGGCGGUGUUCUGUCUGCUGUGUGCAAAGCGCUUCCAGACCCAGAAGGCCCUGCAGCAGCACAUGGAGGUCCACGCAGGCAUGCACAGCUACAUCUGUAGCCACUGCGAGCGCCCCUUCCCCAGCCACACCACCCUCAAAAGACACUUGCGCUCGCACACGGGCGAUCACCCGUUUGAGUGUGAAUUCUGCGGGAGCUGCUUCAGAGACGACGGCACGCUGAGGGGCCACAAACGCAUCCACACGGGGGAGAAGCCGUACGAGUGCAACGGCUGCGGGAAGAGGUUCAGCCUGAAACACCAGCUAGAGACGCAUUACCGCGUACACACAGGUGAGAAGCCAUUUGAGUGUAAGCUCUGUCACCAACGGUCCAGAGACUACUCGGCCAUGAUCAAGCACCUGCGCACUCACAACGGCGCGUCUCCGUACCAAUGCACCAUCUGCCAGGACUUCUGCCCGAGCCUGGCCGCCAUGCAGAAGCACAUGAAGGGCCACAAGCCCGAGGAGGUGCCGGCAGACUGGAGGAUAGAAAAGACUUACCUGUACGUCUGUUACGUCUGAGCGGGACUUGGACCCCCCCCCCCCCCCCCCCCCCACCACCACCACCACCACCAACCCCCCCACCCUUGCACAGUCUGACACACAAACACACACACACACACUGCUGGGUGAAAGCCUGGUAACUCCUGUGUCGCUGACUUUUUAAUGCUGAAGGAUUGUAUGUUUGUGUAAGCGAUAGUGUAUUGUGGAGAGCUGCCAUUCAACGAGAUACCGAGGUUUUUGCUGACGAGCACGAGUGCGAGAGUGUGUGUCUAGAACUGCCACUAACGAUUAGGUUCAGUAUUAAUCUGAUUUUUUUUUUUGUUUUGUUUGUUUUUUUUAAACCGUGAAAACAAAUUGAGAAGUGGCCACGUGUUGCAAAUAAUAUGACACCUUCAAAUAAAUGUGUGUGUCCGAUCCAAAGAAGUUCAGUUUGUAAUUAUAUAAAAGUCGACUACUUCAGUUAUUUCUGCAAAAAAAAAAAAAAAAAAAUGACUCGAAUCGAUUAUCGCAUUUAGUUCAUUUUGCUCUAGCGCACACAAACUUAGGGGCACGCGUCCUCUCUGUCACACACACGGUUUUUAGAUAACUGUAUCUCUAAUGGAUCCACUGUGGUUAAAAACAAUCAAUGCCACAAUGACUGUGACUGCUGACCUGUGUGUGUGUGUGUGUGUGUGUGUGUGUGUGUGUGUGUGUGUGUUGCAGGAGCAUUUUACUCUAAAUUGCUAAAACCGCCAGAACCGAACCCGAUUAUCUUCUAUGAUUGAGCAGUUAGAUGUUAAAAAUAAUUCCACGAAGGCUUGAUCGGCUGCAGCGUCUAGUCUCCUAAUUCCCCGUGACUUCUUAGUUUGUUUUGUUUUUGUUUUUGUUUUCUCUGGAUUUUUAUUUUGGAGUUGUUUAUUUCCUGCAUGUUUUACUUGAACGGCUGCCACGUUUUGACCUCAUGAGCUUGAUCUCUUUAAUUGCCUUGUCUUUCUUGCAGUGUUGAGUUUUUUUUCGUUUUUUUUUUUCAAGGUAGCUGGCUCACAAUUUCAGUUUCUCGUGUAAUGGGUUUUGCUAUUUAUACUUUUUUUUUUGUUUUGUUUUGUUACCAAAUAUGUGCUGGUUUUCAUCACGCAGUCCCUCGGGAUGAUUUCUAGUACCUCUCCUCCUCGCUUCUCACCCCUUUGUUUUAAAAUCCCACUGCAAAUUAUUCAUCCACUGGCAAGUAUUGAUUUUCUAACACAUACACGUUCAAACGGUGUGUUUAAAGAAAAAGAAAAAAAAAAAAGCCUUGAUAUGGCUUUUUAUGUGUAGUUUUUUUUUUAUCACUGACUAUAUAUAGAUGUCUUAUAAAAAUCACAGAACCGGAAUUUUCUAGGAGAAAAUCGUCGAAGAAAAUGUGAAAAGAAGAAGUUUUUUUUUUUUUAUAUGAAACAUGAAAAGAAAAUUCUGAAUUACUAUGAGCAGGUUGUUGUCAGUCGUAGUGUAGCUGUAAUGUACAAACCGUCAUGGUAUGUUAUUCCCUUAUGUGAGCCUAACACGGGCCUUAUAGAGUUAAACAUGUUGUAUUUUUGUAUUACAGUAAUUUGCUAUCUGUUUACAUUUGGUAUGAUUUGAGAAACAUCUUAAAAUGUGUGUGUUUUAUAAGUCUCUGAUUUGAUUAAGAUCCCUCCCUUGUGCCUCUUUUAUAAGUAGAGCAUCGAUGUGCUUGAGUACAUGGGUCCGUGCUGUUGGUAGAUGUUUCUGGGUGUUUGUUUAUUGUUACUUAAUUAAAGAUAGACUGCCAUGUAGAUCCACUUUGUCUGAACAUUGCAACUGGAAGCAACAUACUGUGAUAGUGGCUGAUACUCUGAUGCAAGUUCCAAGCAAUUUCGAUGUAAAAAAAGUACACGCUUGUCUCAAAUUGUUCCCUUCAAAGUGACAAUGGACUGAGAUCUUUGAAUGAAAAAAAAAGAACUAAAAAACGAAAAAAAAAACAGUGAGUAUAGCAAAUCUUGGCGUCUGCGGGCAUUACCAAUGCCUUCUUAAGUAGCCAACAACACUCAGUGCCAUGAAAACACACAUUCACUGUAUCUAUUCUACAUGAACAUGCACUAUAAAUGGAUUUCCUCGGUGGACCAAAAGAAAUAGAGCACUUUUGUUUGAAAAGGGUUUUUUCUUUGAUCUUUCUAUGUUGUGAUAAUGCAGCUGUCUUUUAUUUGAUGUGUCCUACAAGGAUGUGAUUAGCAUUGUUUAGAUUAUGUCAAUGUCUGUCUACCUCAGGGCCAGAUCAAAGCUCGACCUGGUGUCCAAUCAGGGUUGUUCUUCUUGCCAUGUGUGCAGUAAAAUCCCUCUUCAUUACAGCUUUGUAACACAGUGUGUGAAAGUGUUUUCUCAGUGUGGAUUCAGGCACAACUCUGUAUGCGUCAGUGUUCAGUGGCAUGGUUAAAAAAAGAAUAAAACAAUUUACUAUUUUAUGCA